AUGAAAUAUGAUGUUGCUAGAAUUUGUGAUAGGUGUAAUGUGUAUAAAGAAGCCAAGUCUAAGACCAAAUCACAUGAUUAUGUGCUUACAUGGUAUAUGCCAAACACCAUUAUUAGUGAUAGGAAUGUCAAGUCUUUGAGCUACUUUUGGAAAACUGGGGAAAGUUGGGAGGACUGCUUGCUGCACUUUGAAUGUGCAUAUAAUCGUAGUGUUCAUUCUUCUACUAAUUUCUAUUCUUUUGAGAUUGUUUACAGUUUUAUUCCAUUGAGUCCUCUAGAUUUAAUUCCUUUACCUUUGAGUGAACAAGUGAAUCUAGAUGGAAAAAAGAAGGCAGAAUUUAUGAAGGCUAGAAAGAAUGAACAAUAUGCAAAACAAGCCAAUAAUGGGCGAGUGAAAGUGGUGUUUGAGCCUAGCGAAUGGGUGUGGGUUCACACACACAAGGAGUGUUUUCCAACCAAUAAACAAUCCAGACUUUUGCCAAGAGGAGAUGGACUAUUUCAAGUCCUCAAGUGCAUCAAUGACAAUGCCUACAAACUAGAUUUGCCUGGUGAGUAUGGUCUUAGUGCUACCUUUAAUGUUACUAACUUAUCUCCUUUUGAUUUUGAUGGAGGUUUUGAUUUGAGGGAAAAUCAUCUUGAAUAG